UUUAAUAUUUUAUUACGAAAAGUGGUACCUAUACUUUAAUACUAAAAUUGUCGAAAAUACUUAUUAUUUAUACUCUUGUCUAGUAAAAACGCUAAGUAAUUUGAUGUGUGAAAUUUGAUAUUCGAGUCAACCCUAAUAACUUUAACCUAUACUUAAAUUGCACUGUUGUGUAAACACAAUACAGUUUUUCAUAUAAUAAUAAAGAAAUACAGUUGAACUAAAUAGUCUCAAUACAGCCUUGUAGUGUUCCUACGUCCUAAUAAUUAAUAUUGGAGUUUUGGUUAAAUUUUUGUAAAAUUAAUCCUUUUAAGGGAUGAAGGGGAAAAAGGAACAGGAAUCAGAAACAACCGAGAAUGUAUGUCGUGAUUUCAUGCGCAAUGUGUGCAAUAGAGGCAAAUCUUGCAAAUUUUUUCAUCCUCCUGUCGAAGAGGAUAAGCGCAAAUAUGUAUUUUGCCAUGACUUUCAAAAUGGCAAGUGUAGUCGUCAUGACUGUCGGUUCAUUCAUUGUUCUCGUGAGGAUGAGGAGUAUUAUAAUCGRACCGGACGCAUGGCACCAGAAGUGUUGAGGACAAUUGAUAUAGCUGGUGCACCUCCUUCUGAUGAUAUACCUAUUUGUAAAGAUUAUUUAAAAGGCAAUUGCCAUCGUAGCCAAGCUCAUUGUAAAUUUCGUCAUGUAGAUCAACCACUUGAUGUACCUGUUAGAGGUCCUAAUGGUCCUUUCAACUCACCCCAGCCAGCGAUGCCACCUAACUUCGGUAAUGAGUUGUUCCGCAGACGCUUUGAUUAUGAUGAAGAGCCCGAUCCCAAGCGUAGGCGCUACGAAUUUGACAACAGAAUGCCGCUAGGGCGCCCAUUCCCCAAUCGCGACAUGGACUUUUCCGCGCCACCUGGGCCUGUGCAUCAACAGCCAUAUUGGUUGUUGCAAGAUGAGGUGGAAAUGUUGCGCAAGCGUGUGGCUGAGUUGAAAAAGCGCAAUGAGGAAUUGCAAGCGACUAAUGAAUUCUUGUUGGAGCAAAACGCACAGCUGCGCAUAAAUGAACAAGCGCCCCUGCGCAGCACCCAGCAAAUGGUGAGCGCUAUACGCACCGUGACCACAGUCCCAGUCAGCUUGGCGGCGGUGGCUGCGGCCGGCACUCCCGUGUCCAUAGCUACCGUCUCCAUGGCUCCAAUUCAGAUACCACCUGUUGUAUCUGGAUCUGGCCCGCCGCCCCUGCCGCAGCCAACUAACUCGCAGCCUUUGGUAUCUUAUCCUAUUGGCAGAUCGACAUCGGCCCAACACUAUAUUCAACCGUAGUUUAUGAACCGUGAAAAUKGAAAUGUUGCUAAUAAGAAUUUGACAUUAACAAAACAAAGAAUGUACAAUAUAUGGUUUAAUAAUAGAAUGUAA